AAGAUGAUGACAAGCUGGUGGUUUGGGAGUUUACAUACCUAGACAGCUCUUGAGUCGAGAGAGACCUAGAAACACUUGAGGAACAAGUCAGCAGAAACCUUGUGAAGAUGAGCAAGGAGACCUGCGGGUCUUUCAGAAACAAGAUAGCCAUGGCCACAGAAAUUGGCUCCCCGCCCCGAUUUUUCCACAUGCCGAGGUUCCAGCACCAGGCGCCUCGGCAGUUGUUCUACAAAAGACCUGAUUUUGCACAGCAGCAAGCAAUGCAACAGCUUACUUUUGAUGGAAAACGAAUGCGAAAAGCUGUGAACCGAAAGACUAUAGACUACAAUCCCUCUGUAAUUAAAUAUUUGGAGAAUAGAGUAUGGCAGAGAGACCAGCGAGAUAUGCGAGCAAUCCAGCCUGAUGCAGGAUAUUAUAAUGACUUGGUCCCUCCCAUAGGAAUGCUGAACAACCCUAUGAAUGCUGUAACAACAAAAUUUGUUCGGACAUCUACUAAUAAAGUAAAAUGCCCAGUAUUUGUUGUCAGGUGGACUCCUGAGGGGAGACGCUUGGUUACUGGUGCAUCUAGUGGAGAGUUCACAUUGUGGAAUGGACUGACUUUCAAUUUUGAAACAAUAUUACAGGCUCACGACAGCCCUGUAAGGGCUAUGACUUGGUCACACAAUGAUAUGUGGAUGCUGACAGCAGACCAUGGGGGAUAUGUGAAAUACUGGCAGUCCAACAUGAACAACGUCAAGAUGUUCCAGGCACAUAAGGAGGCGAUUAGAGAGGCCAGUUUCUCACCCACGGAUAAUAAAUUUGCUACAUGCUCUGACGACGGCACUGUUAGAAUCUGGGACUUUCUACGUUGCCAUGAGGAGAGAAUUCUUCGAGGUUUGUACUUAACUACUCAUCUAAAUUGUGUGGAGGAAAUGGGGAUUGCCUGCGCACACAGUUGUCAAGAUUACAAUAAACUCAAAUUCUCAUACAUUCUUAAAAUGUUUGGCAUAAAGUGGAAGGAGUAAAGCAUUUCAUUUACACCAUAGAAAACAGAACUUACACUACCUUUCCUUCUGUUACAUUGUGUACUUGAACACUGUGACCACAUCUUAAAUAGAACUAUGCUUUAAUUUCUUGUAGUUUGUAUAUAAUCACGAUCUGCAAUUUUUAGUUGGCAGAACAGCUCUCUAAAGAAAAUCUUUGCUUCUACUUGUGCAAUGUACCCACAGUAUACUUUGUUAUAUAAGUUGGAAAUAUUUUCAAAACUUCACAUCUCUGGAUAAAAUUAGGCCAGGUUACUUUGUUUCUGCUGCUAGAUAAGCAAGGUCUGCCAAGUAAAAACACCAAAAACAAAACAAAAAAAACACAACCAACCAACCAAAAAAAAGAAACAACCUAGAAACACAUACACUGGGUGUUUGGGGAGUGUGGGGGGAAUGUUUCUGUAAAACUUACAAGUUUAGUUUAGUUUAGGCUUUAUUCCCUAGCACUAUUUAAGUGAUCAGAAGACAUAUUUGAGAGAGCUGUAUGGGAAACACUUAAAUAGCUUCCUUGGUGGAAAAUACAGACUUUCAUUAAUUAUUUGGAGUCUAGUGUGUAUGGCUUUCAGAAACUGAUCUUCAGCUUUUUGCUUCUCCACAUGCAUUUUGCCUUUAGGUAAUAUUUCGCUUAGUACAGCCUUAAAAAUCUAAAUUAUUUUGUAAUUGCCCUUCCAAAGUUACAGUAAUCUGCAAAUUAAAAUUCUGGUGGAGCUUCACUAUACUUCAUUAUGUACAAAAAUUUUUUAUAUCAAAUGCCCUGAUAAAUGGUUUUUAUUACCUUCACAAACCAUGUUUCAGCUGUUCUGGUUAAUAUUGAUGCUAUGAAGUUUAAGUGAUACUACAGUAUAGUUCAGAUAAAAAACUUCACUUAGUAUGUUAUAGUACUCUUCAGGUUAUCUCACUCAAUUACAAAUUCAAAUGAAAUUGUCAAUUUGCAGUCACAUGUAUUCAAAAGAAGAAAAUGUAUCACUCAGGGAUAAAACAAAUAUAUCGUUAUUUGUACUUCUCUAUUUCUUAGUAACCAAUUAAGGAAUGUAGUUUAAAAAAGCAGACCUAAGAACUUUAAUGUUAGAGAAUGCUUUUAAAGCAAUUCUACAAAGAAUCUUAAAGGUAGUGGGAUAAGCUUUGGUAUAGAAAGGAAAAUAUUCUGUGGACUUACUAUAGACACUUCUGUUUGCAGUGGAAUCAACUGAUACAAUUUAUUUCCAUUAUUGAAUGAAAUGGUUCCCUUUACUCAAAAGUGGUCUAAACGAGCAAUUCUAAUCAUAACUUCUAAGGGCUGAGAAAACAAAUUGGAAGUGGUAAAUUAUGUGGGACUUCUUGUUUUAAAGGUUUUGCUGGAGUUCUUUCAGCUGUCUGCAGUAGGCUACACAGCAUAGCUAAAAGCUACAUACGAGCUAAUAAAUAAUACAUAUGAGCUAAAUCAUUCAUUAAAGACAUUUUCUGCAUGAGGCAGAACGUUUUACCUGUCCAGCUUCCUUUUUGGUCAAAAUGAAAAUAAACAGUGCACCCUGUUUUGUUCUUCAUACAUAACGCCAGAAGUUCUGGAUCCUUUUUCUUUAACCUUCCUAAGAGACCCUUUGCUGCCGAGCUUUUCACUGAUUUAUGUUGCUUUCCUGCUGUUUCUACCAUCAUGGCUUUCUGUAUGGGGGUUUUCUGUUUUGUUAGGAGUAUGUGCAAAUCAAGCAAGCCACUUUUUAAUAACGUGAAGAAGUAAAUAGGAUAAAAAUCUUCCAUUCUUUGGGGAACCGUCCUUAAGUCAGUCAUCUUAAAGUGAAUUAUCUUGCAAGAGUAUGAAGGUGGGGGCAAUGGCAUCAUGUCAAAGUCAUUUAUCUUCUUGCUUCUCCUCAAACCAAUUGUGGUGUGUCUUUUCUCUUGAAGCAAAGCUUUUGUUCUAAUUCUGCACCAGUAGCUUCUGUCUAUGUUAAUUUCUGUAAUGUUAUUUUAAAAUGAUGGUAACAAGUAUAUUUGGUGUACUUGCUAAAAAGCACUGGUUGGAAUCUAACUUGUUGAAAACAAUUUUUUUUAAAAAAAAAAGAAGGCAUAUGAAACAGUCAAUGGAAUAUCAGUAUGUUUUCAUGUCAAUAGUCUGUGACUCUGAAGGACGUUUCCUGUAAUGACACAUAACAAAACACUGUUCGAUCUUCAGUCUAAGCAACUGCAGUGAAGUUAAUGCCAGGACUCAUAUAAACAGUUCCCAGUUCUGUGUGAACUUACGUGUCAAUGGCUUUUAAUAGUGCUAAUUACACCUGAAACAUUUUUUUUUGAAAAAACAUACUCAGUGAAAGCUUGAUGUCCCUUUUUGUUUAUUAAGAAAUUAAUGUUAUCAAUGAUUUGGCAGGUGGCGGGGGAUCUCUGGGUAUUGGGUCUGUGCGUUUGUAUUCCUGAAAACUUUUUAGGUAGAUUAUUUGUGAACAUAUGAUUUCUUAAUUAUUCCCAGCAUGAAACCAUUGGUUAGGAGGCUACAAAUUCAAUUUUCAAUGUUGUCAAUUUCAUUGUCACUCCUUCUUUCUUUCACACUGAUACACGCAACAUCUAGUUGAAAUGGGUACUUAGGAGAACUGUAAGGUUCUCAUUCUGAAGUCCAGGUUGGCUGUAUUUUCCCAGGCUUCAAAGGUUUUCUGGCUUAAAUAAAUCUUUAGGAGAAGGUGAGUCCAGCUCUCUGAAGGAUGGUGACCCAGGAUUUAAGAUGUUUUUUAGACAAAUUUUCUGUUUUUUUUUGGCUGUAGAACAGAAUAAAUUCUCUUUCAUCCAACAUAGUAGAUGAGGCAAAAGAUUUUUCUUAAUUUAACUUGAACAAUGAAAAGCAAUCAUGAUUCCUGUAUGUUCUUGCUGGAUUUAAAAUUUGCGGUUUGUAACAGUACAUAACUUCUUGCCGGUGCAUGCUUUACUCUUAUAGGAAGUCUUUUUGCUUUUAUCUUCAUUAACGUUGUUCUGCCAAGAACUUCUUGUUCAGGCUUAAUACCAGUCUAAAACCUCCUUACCAACAAAAUAACACAUAUAUUGUGUACGUGCACACUUGAAAUCGCUACAGUUAUGGUAAACUAUAUUAUUUCUUGUUUGCUCACAAUAUCUGCAAAAUGUAUCUCCACAGCUAUAAUUUUUUUCUUCUUUUCUUCCUUCCUUCUACUCUGUUUUUAGGGUCUUCAUAAACAAAUGAAAUAUCAUGUAAUGUCUCUGAUUGUUUAAGUAUCUUGUACUGGUUGUAUACUCUGAACUUUCUGACUGUAGGUGAAGGAUCUCUUCAUAGUUCUUGCUAUCUGCUACCUUAUUGAAAUGGCAAAUCUUGUACUUAAAUUUUGGAGAUGUGUUCAGUAGAUGAAAGGAACCUGAGAACCAGAACCAUAUCUUCAUAUUAGUCCUCCAAUUUUAAACAUGUUAGUAGCUAACUCUUAGCCUUUGAAGCAGUGUAGCCUCAAAUUGUUACCUUUUCCUGGAAUGUGAUAGAACUCUAUAUUGGAUGAUGUAAAAGAAAAGAUGGAAAUAGCAGUAUCGAGAUUUCUUUUUCCCUCUCUUCUAUAUGAGGUUUUUCUUCUGUUUGUUACAUUUGUAGGGAUAGAAAACCCAGCAAAUUCAAGAAAUGCAUUUAUGCUGAUGCUGUGUAGAGAAGGCAAGUCCUUGAAUUUUUGAACUUAAACAAACAAACAAAAAAAAAGGUAUUUGAAAUGUGAGUAUAGAAUCAGUUAAAACUCUUCUUUGUUGUUGGGCUUUAGAAUGCCAGUUACACUUCAGAUCUUUGAUCUUUGUGAGUCUUCAUUGCCAAAGCAAAUUUUGGGAUGGGAUGAGGGUGGGGACUAGGUUGCAGCUAAGUCUGUUGAGGUACAGUUACACUCCAGACAGCUGUGCAUCAAACUUCUCAUGUGUUCUAGACACAAAUAAUGUUAGGGAUCUCAGUAGGAUGUUAAUAAUGACUCUGUGAUGUGAGGGUCUCUUCUCCUCUUCACAGUGUUCAGGUGAUUUUUGCUCCAUCUGACAUAUUUGGGCGCUUCUGUUCUGCUGUAUGUGUAGUGCCAGCCCUGAUGCUUCUUUUUUGGAGUUGUGCAAGGUUCUUGACCCAGUCUCAGUUGUCUGCUACCAUUCACUUUUUAAUUUCAUUAGGAAACCUCUCAGUUGCCUUUGUGAGAUUGAGUUAGAAAUACUGUACACAAUUUCCAGCUUCAUCAGUGGAGGUCAUCAAGCAAAAUGUAUUUUCCUAGUGUCUUUUCUUUACUCUUUUCCCAGAGUUAAGUAACACUAGGGAUUUGGAAUGUGAAUAAAGAUACUUCCUUGAGUUCAUAAACUGUAUCAAUCAUUCUGAUGCUUGUUAGGAUGGUGGGUAUAGUCCACGUGGUCGAUGGGAAGAAUCAAACCUCUUCUGGCAUGAAGCUAUUAAAAUAUGUUCAUGUCACCUCAUAACUCAAUCUUACGGCUGAAUGCGCCUUUCAAUGCUACAGCAUCUUGGUUUUCUCUAUAGGAGAUUUUACUAAAAUACCGAGUUCUGCUUGUAUUGAACAUAAAUGUGUCUCUCUGGGAGUUGAGAAACUUCCUGGUAUGUUGGCUUCUAUUGGGUUUCUAUUUGAAAAGUGUUCUGGUUUGAACAAAAUCCUUUGAUUUGAUCAACUACACUUGAGUUCCUUGGUUUCUAUGACUAAAAGGUGGUGGUUAGCGGGUAGCUUCGUAACGCUUUUGCUCUGAUCCUAAAGCAGCACCAAGGGAAGUGAGAAUAUCAAAGACUGCUCUUGGGGCUUUCUGUCUCUGACAAGCCUGUAAGGUUUUGGUCUUUGUUACAGUUCUGUUCUGAAUUAUGUUAUGGUUUAAGUACAACAUUCUAAGUCUUAUAGUUCUGAUUUUCAUCUAGAAUCUAGUGUUGAGUUACCAAAAAAAUAAUAAUUCAUGAACUAGCAAUAUAAAGGAUUCUCAAUUGGUAUAUUAGAAAUCAUGAAAGAUAAACCACAACACCAUGCUUUAAAAAAAAAGUUAGCAGACACUUCUGUCAACAUUUUCAUAAUACAAGAAUGAAGAGGCACUGUAUGGGAACGAGAUUAUUUUGGAUUCAUCUUUGAAAUGAUUGUUUUCCUCCUGGUAAAUAUCCUGAUGUUGAAAGUUGCAUAAUCUGUCACAUUGAGUCCAAGGGCAGAUUUCACACUAAAAGAAGGUUAUAUUUGCUAAUCUAUUCUGUUACGCUUGGAGGGAAUGUUGGAAAACCCUAAUGUUUCACAGGACAGCCAAGUCUUAGCACUGUUGAGAUAACAGAUGCUCGUAAAAGAAGUUAUAAUUACGUCAGUAGGGUUUCUUGCAGCUACUUCCUUUUGUGUGUUUGAUAAUUACAGAGGGUAGGUGAAUACUGGACUAGGUGAAAACUUUCAUGCAGCUUGUUAGUAUAAAUACUUCAGUGGUGAGAACUUCACUGUUACCUGUUGUGACCAUGUUCAAAACUAAUAUGAUAUGUCGCAACACUCUGCAUAGUGUUCAGGAUCUCAUCAACGGUGAGAACCAUUGAUGCAGGUGUGUUUUAUCCUAAUGUUCUGUUUAUUGUUUUUGAGAGGAAAAGCAACACUUUAAUCAGUAAUCAGAUUUCAUUUAUAUUAAUGAAAAAAAUCCCAAACUACAUAGGCAUUUAAAUACUGAUGCUAAGAUAAAAACAUUUUUGCUUUCUCUGUGCAAGUGUAAUUGUUGAACAGAAUGUAGGCUGUAUGCAAUUAAGAAUGGUAGCUUCCUUAUAGCUACUCACUAGUAAUUGUCAUAUUAAAGGUUCUCAGCAGAAACAAAAUGGUCUGGAGUUACUCUUACAAAAGUGUUGUAACUCGUCUUCUGAUAAAAUCUUAUGUAUGGAUAUGUACUCAAAAUCAGGCACUUCUUUUUUUUUUAAUGGAAUCUAGACUAGAUUCCUACAGAAAUAUGCUAUUUCUGAAGAAAUAUCAGAGGUCGUCAAAAAAAAGAAAAUCCUCAUCAGUGCAUAGAAGCUUUCCUUGCAGGCCUCUUGGUUGUUUUUUUUUUUUCUUGUGUGUGUGGGUUAAACAGACUUUUUAAACCAUCCUGUAGUUACUGUACUCAAAAGCUUUUGUGCAUCUAGGCAAGCAUAGGUUUUACCAAGCUUUUGAUAUUUUAUUUCACGUAAUUUUAAUUGCAUGCUUAAAUUACUUGGUAUAUUAAUCUCUGAGUGAUAUUCUGACUUUAGUAGUGAGAGAGUUCAAAUUUUAUUAUAUGAAUAAUAUUGUAGUUAUGAUACUUAACAUUACAUGUUCGUAAGGACAGCCAGGCACCAGAAGAUAGGGGGAAAGCUUGGAAAUGUUUUCCCUAAAACACGGUGGUUCUAUUUUUUCUUUCAUACUUGCCUGACCUUAUGUUCUCAUGAA